AUGUCCCCCCAGCGCGCCCUGGUUGGGGCAGUCGCCAUCCUCUCUUUCCUUAAUUCAUGCAGCGCUUCUCCCAGCAACCACUUUCUUUCUUCAUUGCUCUUCCGUCGACAAACCGUCCCCACAAAAUUGCCAGGCAACUGGACUUCCAAAGGCUGCUACUCCGAUAACGUGAAUGGUGCCGGGCGGAGUCUGUCGGGCGCAAGUUUUGUGAAUACGACUGGGAUGACGGUCGAGAGCUGCAUCAACUUCUGUGACACCAAGCAAUUCAUAUUGGCCGGCGUAGAAUACGGACAAGAAUGCUACUGCGAUAACUUUGUCGUAAAUGGUGGCGCAACAACACCACUCACAGACUGCAACAUGGCUUGCACUGGCAACCCAUCGGAAUCUUGCGGAGCUGGUAAUCGACUCAACGUGUUCACCAGCGGCAAAGCUCCCCCACCACCGCCAACAAUUCCGGCCAAGAUCGGCAACUGGACCUCUUUAGGAUGUUACAGCGAUAAUGUCAAUGGCGUCAGGGCUCUACCGAACGGUCUGGGCGUUGCGGUACCGAUGACGCUCGAGGCCUGUACGAGUGCUUGUUUCACAGCUGGUUAUCCAUUUGCUGGUUCUGAAUUCGCUGACGAAUGUUACUGUGGGACUGCGAUUAAUGCCAAUGCUGGCCCGAAGCCCACGACUGACUGUGGCAUGCUUUGUGCUGGAAACUCGCAAGAGUUAUGCGGCGGGCCCAACCGCCUUUCAAUGUACAACUAUACAGCAGUGGAUCGUCCAACCGGCCCCAUAGGUGGUGGUGGAGGCGGAGGAGGAAACAAUGGAGGCGGAGGAACCCCUGUGUUUCCGGUCACGAACCUGCCAAAGCCUUGGAGCUACGUUGGAUGCUUCGUUGACAAUGCUCAUGGUCGGAUCGUGCAAAAUCAGCUACCUGACUCUAGUAACCUCACUAUUGAGAGCUGCGUCAGCAGCUGCAGUAGUCUUGGCUUCUCGGUCGCUGCUGCUGAGUUCUCGGUGCGUAUUCCUGUUGGUUUGAUUUUGCGUUACUCACCCUCUGACCACCAGACUCAAUGCUUCUGUGGCAAUCAAUUGAUUGCUGGAGCCACUCUCACCACUGACGCCGACUGCAACAUGGGUUGUGGCGGCAACUCAACUGAAGCGUGUGGUGCCGGGAAUCGCAUGAGCACUUAUUCGACAAGCAAGAAUGUCACCAUUCUGCCUGUUCCGACAGCGCAAAACAGCAGCAUUCCGGGGUCUUGGUCUUAUCAGGGCUGUCUGUUUGAGGCCGUCGGCUCGCGUGCUAUUCCAUGGCAGAACAUCUAUCCCACCAACAACUCAGCGACGACCUGUUUAAGUCAAUGCGCCGCUUUUGGAUAUACCGUUGGCGGAAUGGAGUAUGGUCAGGAGUGCUACUGCGGCGAUCUCGCGGAUGUUCAAGCCGCCAAUGUCACCUUUGCUCCCGAGAGUGAUUGCAACUUGCCGUGCCCGGGUGACCCGAUUCAUCUUUGCGGAAGUGGUGAUCGCAUUCAGUAUUACAAGUGGACCGGUGCGCCGCCCUAUGUUUGGAAUACACCAACCAACAUCGGUCGCUACGAGUUCUUGGUUCCUGGAGUUGUCGUCCCCCUGAUUGCAACUGUUGGUGUUAACGGCAAAGUUGUGUUCCUCGAGAAAACUGGUACUUCCGAAUUCGACAAUUCUACCGGCGCCUAUGAACUCGACCUCAGUCUUACCAAUAAUUUCAGCAAGGCAUGGCGGGAAAUGCACUUGAAGUCUGAUGUCUUCUGCUCGGGGAGUGUCGUUCUUCCUGAUAAGGCGGGCCGCAUUCUUAACGUUGGCGGUUGGUCACUUGAUUCGACCAAGGGAGUGCGGAUGUAUGCUCCCGACGGAUCCGCCGGCGUAAAUGGGACCAACGACUGGGAGGAAGAUUUUACACAACUGGCUUUGCAGCGCCAACGAUGGUAUCCCACCGCUACCAUGCUUUCUAAUGGCUCCGUUUUGGUCAUCGGUGGAGAAACGGGCUCUAAUGCGUCACCACAACCUAACUUGGAAAUUCUGCCCAAACCAGUUGGGGGUGACACCGUGAUUGACCUGGACUGGCUUGCACGCACAGAUCCCUACAACCUCUAUCCCUUCGUGUUCGUUCUACCAAGCGGAAACAUAUUCAUCGUCUACUAUAAUGAAGCGCGCAUUCUCGACCCACAUUCAUUCAAUACCAUCAAGGAACUACCAAAUCUGCCCGGAUCUGUAAACAACUUCUUGGCAGGCCGAACUUAUCCACUCGAAGGAGCGGCAGUGAUGUUCCCUCAACAUGCACCCUAUACCGACCCCGUCCGCAUUUUGACUUGCGGUGGUAGCGGCUUCGGGGCGGGCAUCGCGCUGGACAAUUGUGUAUCGAUUGAGCCUGAAUCGACCAACCCAACAUGGCUGCUGGAGCGUAUGCCCUCGAAACGUGUGAUGCCCUGCAUGGCGCCACUCCCCGAUGGAACCUUCUUGAUCGUGAACGGGGCACACCAGGGUGUCGCUGGUUUCGGUCUUGCCACCGACCCCAAUCUCAGCGCACUUCUCUAUGACCCCGCCAAGCCCGCGAAUCAGCGCAUCUCGAUCCUCAACAAUACUAUCGUUGCCCGGUUGUAUCACUCUGAGGCAAUUCUACUUCCAGAUGCGAGAGUUCUUGUCUCUGGCUCUGAUCCACAGACGCCUAACUUCCCAGAAGAGAUGCGUAUUGAGGCGUAUUAUCCACCCUACCUCACUCAAGGUUUCAAACAGCCAAGUUUCACUAUCAGCAAUACCGACUGGGCCUACGGAAGCAGCCAGAAAAUUAUUGUCACCCUUCAUCAAGGGACGACUUCUACAAUGAAAGUAGCCCUCAUGUCAGCCGUCUCUUCGACUCACGGAAAUGCCAUGGGUGCGCGAACCAUCUUCCCAGCGUUCUCUUGCUCUGGAACCACGUGCACAAUAACCGCGCCACCCAACGCCUUCGUCAGUCCCCCGGCAUACCAUCAAUUGUUCAUCCUCGACGGUCCCACACCCUCGCACUCCGUCUUCGUCCGGAUCGGCGGGGAUCCAGGCAAGAUUGGCCUCUGGCCCGCCAACCUGACGUCCUUCCACCCGCCUGGGAUCUAA